GUGGAACUAUGCAGGCCAAGGUGUUGAUUUGUAUCUCUCUGGGAUUGUUGGCCACGGUCCGGGCCGCCAGCGAGUUAGCCACGGAAGUUAGGCGCUGUGAGUACCACUACCCUUUCCCCCUGGAGGUUCGCGUAGACAAUUGCAUCACGCCGCCCUGCAACGUCAUAAAAGGAUCAAUCCAGUAUUUCGAGAUCGAUUUCGCCGUGGACAAGUACAUCACGAGCAUGAAAGCGAUGGUUAAGGCUACCACCUUGGGCAUCAUCACGGUGCCCUACGAGCUGCCUCCAGAUGUGGCUGCCGUUUGCCCGAACCUCAUGUAUGGGGCCUACUGUCCGCUGUACCCAACGGAGGAUGUCACCUAUCUGUUUGUCUUCCCCAUUGGCGAGUAUCCCGAGAUUGGGGUGAAGGUCGAGAUCUAUCUGGUGGAUCAGGAUGGUGACAUUGCCACGUGCUUCGUUUGCGACAUCAAGGUGGUCAAGGGCAAUAGCAAUGGCAAUGGCACCACCAGCUGAACCUAGACGAGCAGAAGUUCAGAAAAAGUAGAGCAAAACUCUUUCAUUUAUUGGCCUUAAAUUCUGUGAUAUAUGUAUGUGUGCAUUUGCAUGUGAAAUCAAACCAAAUCAACCAAAAACAAAUCCCUCAGCUUACCUUACCCGCGAGGUCUCAUCAAUAUUUAAUAAAAUUUUAAAAGCCCUGCCACCGCCCCAUACGAGAUGUAUGUGGGGGUGAUUUGCUUUACCCAUGUA